AUGUAGGGCGCAGGUGGAGGCAGAGCGCAUCUCCUGCUAGCCGUGGGGUAGAGCAGCCAGAGGAGGCAGCCAGGCGGCCGGGCUUGCAGGGAGGCUCGGGCGGGCGCGCUCCCGGGGAGCUCCGAGCGCCAGCCGCCGCCUCCUCGCCCGGCUCCGGCGCUAGCAGAGCCCCUCGCUCAUCCCUCCGCGCCCGGUGCGGCUCCUCCAGUGGAGUCCUUUCUCCCCCCCCCUUCUUUUUUUCGCCUCCGUCGAUUUUUUGGGGCGCGCGUCGCCUUCCGCCCCGCCGCCAAGAUGAUGUCCAUGAACAGCAAGCAGCCCCACUUCGCCAUGCACCCCACCCUGCCCGAGCACAAGUAUCCGUCGCUGCACUCCAGCUCCGAAGCCAUCCGGAGAGCCUGCCUCCCGACGCCGCCGCAGCUGCAGGGCAACAUCUUCGCCAGCCUGGACGAGACGCUGCUGGCGCGGGCCGAGGCGCUGGCGGCGGUGGACAUCGCCGUGUCGCAGAGCAAGAGCCACCCGUUCAAGCCGGACGCCACCUAUCACACCAUGAACAGCGUGCCGUGCACGUCCAACUCCACCGUGCCGCUGGGCCACCAUCAUCACCACCACCAUCACCACCACCACCAGGCGAUGGAGCCCGGCGACCUGCUAGAGCACAUCACCUCGCCCUCGCUGACGCUCAUGACCGGCGGCGGGGGGCACGACGGCGGGGGCGGCGGAGGAGGAGGCGGCGGAGGCGGCGGAGGCGGGGGCCUGAUCUCCACGUCGGCCCACCCGCACUCGCACAUGCACAGCCUGGGCCCCUUGGCGCACCCGGCGGCGGCGGCGGCCAUGAACAUGCCGUCGGGGCUGCCGCACCCGGGGCUGGUGGCGCACCACGGGGGCGCGGCGGGGCAGGCGGCGGCGGCAGCGGCGGCGGCUGUGGGCGCGGCGGGCCUGGCCUCCAUCUGCGACUCGGACACGGACCCGCGGGAGCUGGAGGCCUUCGCCGAGCGCUUCAAGCAGCGGCGCAUCAAGCUGGGGGUGACCCAGGCCGACGUGGGCUCGGCGCUGGCCAACCUCAAGAUCCCCGGCGUGGGCUCGCUGAGCCAGAGCACCAUCUGCCGCUUCGAGUCGCUCACGCUGUCGCACAACAACAUGAUCGCCCUCAAGCCCAUCCUGCAGGCGUGGCUGGAGGAGGCCGAGGGCGCGCAGCGCGAGAAAAUGAACAAGCCCGACCUCUUCAACGGCGGCGAGAAGAAGCGCAAGCGGACUUCCAUCGCCGCGCCCGAGAAGCGCUCCCUCGAGGCCUACUUCGCCGUCCAGCCGCGGCCCUCCUCCGAGAAGAUCGCCGCCAUCGCCGAGAAACUGGACCUCAAAAAAAACGUGGUGCGCGUCUGGUUUUGCAACCAGAGACAGAAGCAGAAGCGCAUGAAGUUCUCCGCCACGUACUGAGCGCCGCGCAAAGAAGCGCGCUCCCGGAGCAGGGCGCCCCCCCUUUGGACCCCCUUUGGCGCGCCCCCCCCCCCGGACGCCCUCGCAGAUCGGGCAGACUUGGGCUUUUUGGAAGGCGGACGGGGCG